AUGGAUACAUUGCUAACGGCCGAAAUUGCGGCAAAUGCGCCUCGGUACCGUCGAAAGAGCUCAACUUUCAUUGACGGCAUCCACGAUGUGACCGAAGACUCUAGCAUGGCUCCGGCCCAGCUUUACAGCACCAUGUCCGGUCGACUGUUCCACUCGGGCCGGAUAGCCAUUGUCAUGGUUGGGCCUCCUGCGAGGGGAAAGACCCACGUCUGUGUGUCGCUAGCUAGAUAUCUUGGGUGGCUAGGUGUCAAGACGCGUAUCUUCCACUUGGGCGACUAUCGACGAGCUACCAUCGGCCCUGAAAGCGCAGUUCCGAAAGACUACUUUUUCCCCGACGCCUCUCCAGAGUCGGUCAUCCUCCGCCAAAAAAUAUUGAAAAAGUGUCGCGAGGAUAUCUACGGCUGGCUCAACCACGAAAACGGGCAGGUUGCCAUAUACGAUGCUGUGAACCCGACGGCAAGCGGUCGCCGCUCCUUGGCAAAAGAACUGGCCAAGCAUGAUGUUCAAACCCUCUUCAUCGAAUCCUAUGUUGAUGACGAGCGAAUCCUCCGGGAGAACGCCAGAAACGUCAAGAUUUCCUCGCCAGAUUUUGCUGGAAUGGACCCCGACGAAGCUGCCAAGCUCUAUCUGAAGCGAAUCGAAGUUCGCAUUCCCGUGUUUGAAACCAUGGCUGAGGAAGAACUUAACUACAUUAAAAUGAUCAACGCCGGCGAAAAGUUCUUUUACAACAACGUCAACUUCAGCUACCUCUCCCACAGAAUCGUUUUCUAUCUGACAAACCUCCACAUCAAGGCUCGUAAGACAUUCUUUGUCCGCGCAGGCACUACCACGGACGAAGACUCACUCCGGGUAGAUGGUCCCCUGUCAGAUGCCGGCCGGGCCUACGCAAAGAGGAUGACGGAGACCAUACUCAAGCACCGCGAACAGGAACAUGCCGAGACGGGUGAGAGUGCAGCAUCGCUGCCGCCAUUGACAGUGUGGACUUCAACCCGCCUACGCACCAUUCAGACCGCAGACCCUCUGAGGGAGAUGAAUUACAAAGUUCGGCAAAGGUCACAGAUGAGCCAGCUCAACCCUGGCAUUUGCGAGAAACUGUCGGAGCGCGUCAUUCGGCAACUAUACCCCGAAGAAGUCGAGAAACAUGAAGUAGAUCCAUAUCAUCAUCGGCUGCUUCGCCAGUCAUAUCACGACCUCGCUGUGCGUCUUGAGCCCAUUAUCCUCGAGCUGGAGAGGGAGCAAAACGAUCUGCUCAUCAUCGCCCACGAGUCCGUCCUGCGUGUGCUCUACGCCUACCUGAUGCACUGCUCGACCGUCGAGAUCCCCGCGCUGCGCUUCCCGCGCGACGAGAUAAUCGAGAUCAUCCCCGCAGCGUACCAGAACGAGGCUCGUCGUAUCCACAUCCCCGGCCUCGACCCGGAGGCGAUCCUGGGCUCGCCCAGCGGCUUGGGCCUGCUCGCCGCCGGUAGCAGCGUGCCCCCCAGCGGUCCGGCCAGUCGCCCAGCCAGCCAGCCGGCGAGCGGCCAGAUGACGCCCCUGGCGGGAGCGGCGAUGGGGACGAUCUUGGGCUCUGCUGAGUCGACAGCGCCCUUGGAGAGACCCCCGGAGAGGGUUAUCAACAAGUCCAAGGAUACGGUCGCAGACAAGCUCAAUGACGAAGACUAA